CGAAGGGAAGAACCGGGAGAGCCGUGCGAACCCGAGUGGGCAGUGGAGUGCCGGCCCUCACGGCCCGCCGCCGCCUCUCUGCCUGAUGAGCUGCACCAGAAUGAUUCAGGUUUUAGAUCCACGGCCUUUGACAAGUUCAGUCAUGCCAGUGGAUGUGGCCAUGAGGCUCUGCUUGGCUCAUUCGCCUCCUUUGAAGAGUUUCCUGGGCCCUUAUGAUGACUUCCAACGAAGAAAUUUUGUGAACAAGUUAAAGCCUCUGAAACCAUGUCUCAAUAUAAAACAGGAAGCCAAGUCACAGAACGACUGGAAGCGUUCACACAACCAAGCCAAGAAGCGGGUUGUAUUUGCCGACUCCAAGGGCCUCUCUCUCACCGCCAUCCACGUCUUCUCUGACCUCCCAGAAGAACCAGCGUGGGAUCUCCAGUUUGAUCUUUUAGAUCUUAACGAUAUCUCCUCCGGCUUAAAACUCCAUGAGGAGAAAAACUUGAUUUUAGAUUUCCCUCAGCCUUCAACUGAUUACUUAAGUUUUCGCAGUCACUUUCAGAAGAACUUUGUCUGUCUGGAGAACUGCUCUUUGCAAGAGCGAACCGUGACUGGGACUGUGAAAGUGAAAAAUGUGAGCUUUGAGAAGAAGGUUCAGAUCCGUAUCACUUUUAAUACUUGGAAGAGCUACACUGAUGUGGACUGUGUCUACAUGAAAAAUGUGUAUGGUGGUUCAGAUAGUGACACCUUCUCAUUUGCCAUUGACUUACCCUCGGUCAUUCCAACUGAGGAGAAAAUUGAGUUCUGCAUUUCUUACCAUACUAAUGGGCAGGUGUUCUGGGACAACAAUGAGGGUCAGAAUUAUAGAAUUGUCCAUGUGCAGUGGAAACCUGAUGGAGUGCAGACACAGAGGGCAUCCCAGGACUGUGCAUUCCACCAGGUGCCCCCUAAGACCGAGUUAGAGUCAACAAUCUUUGGCAGUCCAAGGCUGGCCAGUGGGCUCUUCCCAGAGUGGCAGUGCUGGGGGAGAAUGGAGAACUUGGCCUCUUACCGAUGAAUUAAACAACCUAGUGACUGGUCUUGACCUGUCAUGUUCCCCAUGUAAUUCUAGGUCUAUAUUGCUCAAUAUUAGGAAGUCUUUGCUACUUUCCUUCGGUAGAUUUAGGUUUGAGCUUUUGAGACCUGGCUAAAAAAAAGAUAGCCACCUGAGAAUUUAGUGUUGGGGUCUAUAUGAAUGAUGCUGUCCAGUUUUGCUGUGGAGGAUCAAGUAACAGCCUGGAACCCUAUUUUUAUAAAAGUAAUAUCUUUUUCAAUGCCCUUUUUUCUUCCCCCUCAAUUCACUAGCUUUCACAAGGGGCAAGGAAGGGUUGAGGAAGGACGGUUGAUGGUGCUGGAAAGCUGUGUUAAUGGUAUGAGGAAUGUCUGAAGAGUGUGCACAGAGGGCUCUGCAGCUCAAGUCAGAGUAGGAGCGGGACAUCUGAUAUUGGCUGUUGGUGAGAAAAUGUCAGGUUACUUUGUGUUUUUAAGUUGGUUUUACAGAUCUCUCCUGGGGAAAUAAUUUGUAGAGGGGGCAAAAAAAUCCAUUCUAUGUAUUCUUGUGGAGAAAAACCAAACAAACUUUAGAGGUGUUGAAUGGCAUUGGGGAAAGGUGAAUUAUAAGUCUGGAGAAUCAGGAUUUAUAGUGAAGCCUUUCUGUUCAAAUGUCACUUAUCAAAAACCAUGAUUUGGGGAGAAUUUAAGCAAAUCUGGCUUUGCAGUCCUAAUGUUAUAAGUGACCUUGUUUGUGAUCAAGGCAUCGUGCUCGGGUUUUCAGUAGAGAAUGCUGCCUAACUAAAAAAUCAUGCCAUCAUCAAUGGCUAACAACUUGUAGGGACUCUAUGUCAUGACAAAGAUAGCUCUUUGCAAGUGCCUCCAUCAAACCAGAAUAUUGUAGUUGCUUAACCCAAAUAUCUGAAGGGUCAUCUGAUAACUCAUGAGUGUUUGGCCUCAUAAGAAGGUCCACUUCGUAUACUGGCAUUCCUCCUGCAAUAUGGUUGUAUCUUCGAGAGUGUUGUCAGUGUACACAACGCGCAUCCUUCAUAUUGAAGGUGACUCAUUUUUCUGCCACACUUUUUUGAUGUGAUGUUGAAAGUGAGGACUGACACUGAUUCUCAAUUCAAGAAUCCAGUAUCCUGCACAUAAAAAUAGCAAUCUAUCUCUUGCCUGUAUUUGUCUUGUUGUUUUAAGUCUUUCUACCAAUUUCUUUGAAGUCAAAAUAUUGUUUUUAAAUGGACGUGAAUUGUUUUGGAUGUGUUGUAAUAUACUUGUUUUGGGAUGUGCAUAAAUCUAUUCUGUAAGGUCCUAAGGAUAGGAGUCCCUGAAUGUUUGCUUCUGUCAUUGUGCAUGUCCAUUGAGAGGUGUUCAGAGAAUGCAGUUAAUUUUAACACGUGUGAUCUGCCAUGCUGGAAAAGUACUAUUAGAAUAAUUCUGCUGUGACAGUAUUUGAGGUUUGGCUAGCACCCACAAUUUUUCUGCUCUAAAUAUUUCACUCUCCUGUAGCUAUCCUUUGUGAACUUCUCACUUUAAGAAUAAAUGUGUUUGAUAUAAGAUCUGAGUAUGUUUUCUUUCUCUCAUUGGCUCAGACAAAUCAGGAUUCCUCCCACCCCCGUCCCAACUGAGCAAGGUUAGUUGGGACCAGGAAUUGGAUCC